UCACCGCAAGGGGAAGAGGAAACGAAAAAAAAAAAAAAAAAAAACUAUUUAUAUAGACGGGAUUUGCUACCCACAUACAACUCCAUUUCUUCCUCCGGGGUGGUCUAAACAACUCAAGUAUCCAUCCAGGCGGAUGCAAGAGACAGACCCGGAUAUUAGGGAAGAGGAGAAGAAAAUAAACAUUUCACGAUGGAGGAACUCCCUACCGAACUCAAUGUCAUCACCCUUAACUGCUGGGGUCUCCUACACCUGAGUAAGUACCGCGCUGAGCGUCUAAUCGCCAUCGGCCGCGAGCUCGCCGCCGCCGACCCCCCGCCUCACAUCGUCGCCUUGCAGGAAUGCUGGACGCAGGAGGACUACCGCAGCAUCCGGCGGGAGACGCGCUUCGUGCUGCCCUUCGGCAAGUUCUACCACAGCGGCGUGUUCGGCGGCGGCCUCGCCAUCCUCUCGCGGUGGCCCAUCGAGGAGAGCACCAUGUUCCGCUAUCCGCUCAACGGCCGCCCUACCGCCUUCUUCCGCGGCGACUGGUUCGUUGGCAAGGGCGUCGCCUGCGCCCGCGUCCGGUACGGCCCCGGCGAGCGCGACGUCGUCGAGGUCUUCAACACCCACACCCACGCCAUCUACGAGCACGCGUCCGACGGCAAGGCGGACAGCUACCUGGUGCAUCGGCUCGCGCAGUCCUGGGAGAUGGCUAAGCUCGUCCGUGGCGCUACCGAGCGCGGCCACUUGGCCCUCGCCUUGGGCGACUUCAACGACGUCCCCCUGUCCCUGUCCUACCGCAUGCUGACGGCGCAUGCCCCCAUCAAGGACGCCUGGCGCGUGCUGAACCCGGACUCGUCCCUCGGCUCCGCUGCCCACGAGCUCGAGCGCGCGCGCAGGCGCCCGAUCCCGUCUGCCCAGUACAAUAUCGUUGAGAACGGCGUUACGAGUAACAGCGCUUACAAUACGUGGAGGUGGCCAAAGUCGGAACAACGCGCUCUCCAUUCGGGAAAAAGGCCAAUGGCCGUUCCGCCUGAUACACCUGAUCCGAGGGGCAAGCGAAUUGACUAUAUAUUCUUCUCUCCGCAAGUCACAGUAACCCCUGGCUCUCCCCCCAAGUCGCGCCACGGAGCGGCAGCAGCAGCAGCAGCACGGACAAGCCGCGACACGGGUGAAGGCACUUGCACCACCAAAGGCUGGGUUGUCAAGGACGUCCGCGUCGGCAUGAUGACCCGCCACCCGGACCUCGGGUGCUCUCUGAGCGACCACUUCUCCGUCGAAGCCACCCUGCUCCUGCACACAUCCUCCUCACCCAACCUCAUCCCCCCUCACUCCCCUUCCCGCCCCCCAUCUCCCAGCAAGAAACCCGCACCCAACCCCACGCAAUUCCUCCGCCCGUCAUCCUCCUCUUCCUCUUCCUCCUACUCUGCUGCCGCCGCCGCCGCUGCUGCUGCUGCCGGUAUUAGGUCGAAUAGUACCGAAGAUCACCACCAUGCCGCCUCCCUCCUCGCCCUCGAACACGGCACUUACCUCCAAUCCCCCACCGGCUCCUCCUCCCACGUCAACCACGACCACGACCACCACGCCGCCGCCUCUUUCGACGACCAGCUCCUCCGUGCCGCCCCCGCCCUCCCCUCCUCCUCCCCCGCCUCCCGCCGCGGCGACGGCCUCCCCUGGACCACCUACGACGAGGUCCUGGGCCUGGUCCGCGCGUACGCCUCGCGCGAGCGCUCGCAGCGCCGCCUCCGCCUCCUGCACUUCGCCGCGUGGGCGCUCGUCGUCGCCGCGUGCUACGUCGCCGUCUGGUUCGUCGCCGACCUGAGCCCCGGCGCCGCCUUCGCGCUCCUCGUCCUGAGCAGCCUGGGCCUUCUGGCGGGCGCCGUCGACGGCCUGAUGGGGCUGCUGUUCUUCGGCGCCGAGCUGCGCGCCCUGAGGGAGUUCGAGUGGGAGAUUAUGAACGCGAAAGCUUCGGCUAGUGGCGCGCACGGGAUGGUGCAGCAGCAGGUUGAUGAUGAUGGGGAGGAGGAGAGGGGUGGUGAUGGGGAUGGUGAUGGUGAUGAGGAGGAGGAGACGGAGAAGGGUAGGGGGAAGGGUAGGGGGAAGGGGAAGGGAAAAGGGGGAAGUGGGAACGAGAAGAGUUGGUAAGGUGAGGUGAAGUCAGAAGGGUAGAGUGUGUUUCUUGGUAUUUGGUUGGUCGGUUGAUUGACUUUUUAUUUCAUGACUCGAUCGAUAUUGGGGGAUGAGAUGAGAUGAGAUGAG